GGUUUCCUUUGGACUCUACCUUCUUUUAGGAACGGAUUUCCCGAUGUGAAGCCGGCCGCGCCGCCGCCGCCGCCACCAAGACGACCAUGUCUCGCCGCAAGCAAGGCAAGCCCCAGCACCUGAGCAAACGGGACUUUUCGCCCGAGCCGCUCUCCGGGGUUUCACCAGACGAAGACUCCCAGGACUCCCUGAGGCUGGGAGCGGGCGAGCCCCUGAAGGGAGACCAGGACCUGCUCACCUGCGGCCAGUGCCACUCCCGCUUCCCCCUGUCGGACAUCCUGCUGUUCAUCGAGCACAAGCGGAGGCAGUGCCACGGCAGCCCCUGUGCGGACAAAGCUCUGGACAGACCGCCGUCCCCCUCGCUGGCCUCGCCCCUCUCCACGUCCUCCUCGCACUCCCAAACCCAGCACCCGCGGAGGCCGCGGAGGCCCGUGGAGGUGGCUGUGCAGGUGUCCCCGCAGGAUGAGGAUUGUUUAUCUGCACCCUUGCAAGGAAUAAUCCCCAAGCAGGAGAAUAUCUCAGAUAAAGACGAGCCGAGCAGCUACACCUGCACCACGUGCAAGCAGCCCUUCACCAGUGCCUGGUUCCUGCUCCAGCAUGCCCAGAACACCCAUGGCUUCCGCAUCUACCUGGAAAGCGAGCCUGGCAGCCCGCUCACCCCCCGCAUGGCUGCAGCUCCGGGGAUGGGGGGUGACUGUGCAUCGUCCCAGCCUCCCCUCCAUGCGGUCCAGUUGGCUGAUGGCAGCCCUUACAGCCUCCUGAGGAUGCCCGGGUCUGGGUCUGGCCGUGAUUCAGCAUCCACACCCCGCGAGGGUCGCUACCCCAGAACGCCCCCUUUGUUUAGCCCGCCUCCACGGCACCACCUGAGCCCGGAUGACCUGGCCUUGGCAACACACCAUCCGAGCGCCUUUGAUAGAGUGAUGAGACUGAACUCAGUGCCCUUGGAGCCUCCCCAGAGCAUGGACUUCUCGAGACGUCUACGCGAGCUGGCUGGAAACGCCACCGUAGGUUCCCCGCCUCUGUCCCCCAAUAAACCCAACCCUAUGCAACGGCUACUGCAGCCAUUCCAGCCAGGUUCCAAACCGCCUUUCACAGCUACGCCCCCCCUGUCCACCUCCCAGUCUCCAUCUGGCUCUCGCUCCACCCCUAAUCCUGCAUCCACUUUAGUCCAGCCGGGCACCCCUCUAAAGGCAAAGUCUUGUGAGUUCUGCGGGAAGACCUUCAAGUUCCAGAGCAACCUUAUUGUGCAUAGGCGGAGCCACACUGGGGAGAAGCCGUUCAAGUGCCACCUCUGCAACCACGCCUGCACUCAGGCAAGCAAACUCAAACGCCACAUGAAGACGCACUGCCAGAACAAGUCGUCUUCGCUAAAUGCCAAGUCAGAUGACGGGCUCUCGGCUGCGAGCUCCCCUGAACCUGGAACCAGUGAGCUGCUGGCCAGCGCCACGGACGCCCUGAAGUCUGUGGUGUCCAAGUUCAAGAGUGAAAACAAUGGCCUUAUGCCGGAAAAUGGAGAAGACGAUGAGGAGGAGGAUGAGGAGGAAGAAGAUGAAGAGGAAGAAGAGGAGGAAGACGAGGAGGAGGAGGAAGAUGAGAAGGAAGACAUUGAAAAUAAGCCAGCAGCUGAGAAAGGAGGGAGAAACGACUACCGCUUCAGCCUGCAGUUAGAAGGAGCACGCCACCACCAGAACAAUGAGGCGCUCCACCCCCACCGUCGCAGCACGUCCCUGGGGCCCGGCGAUGAGGGCUUGGGAGAAGCGGACCAGGCAGACGACGGAGCCCCCACUGCCAUCAAUGGACUUGGAUCGCUUUCAAAUGACAACCUGUCCAGGAAGCUGUUGGGUGGGCGAGUAAGUCCAGACUCCCUCAGCCCCCUAUCCAAACGCAUCAAGGUGGAAAAGGACCUUGACCCCCCCAUUACCACCAUCCCAAACUCAGAGAAUGUCUACUCUCAGUGGUUGGCUUGCUACGCUGCCUCCCGCCAACUCAAGGACCCCUUCGUCCACUUCACAGGUGCAGACUCUCGACAAUCGCCCUUCGCCUCCUCGUCUGAGCACUCGUCAGAAAACGGCAGCUUGCGCUUCUCCACGCCCCCUGGUGAGCUGGACGGCGAACGGACUGCUUCAGGGCGCAGCGGCACCGGCAGCGGGGCCAGCACUCCCCACGGCGGCAGCGGGAAUGGCCGACCCAGCUCUAAGGAUGGUCGCCGCAGCGACACCUGUGAGUUUUGCGGCAAAGUGUUCAAGAACUGCAGCAACUUGACGGUGCACCGGCGCAGCCACACCGGAGAGCGGCCGUACAAAUGCGAGCUGUGCAGCUAUGCAUGCGCCCAGAGCUCCAAGCUCACCCGCCAUAUGAAGACCCACGGACAGAUGGGCAAGGACGUGUACAAAUGUGAAAUCUGCCACAUGCCUUUCAGUGUAUACAGCACUCUAGAGAAACACAUGAAGAAGUGGCACAGCGAGCGGCCGCUGGCUAAUGACAUUAAAAGCGAGUAGACACAGAGCGGCGCUCCCUCAGCUCAGAGAGAGAAGACGUCCAGGUCACGGGUGUCAGAACUCAGUGCAGGCCCGCUCUCGUCCCCCUUCUGGAGAAAGCUGGAUGCAUGAUCCUUCGACGGGGCAAUACUCUUGCAUCAGAACUUUUUGAGCCUUUCUAUUGUGCAAUAAUUUACACGUUUUGUAUUUUUUGUAACUGGACAGCAUGCUCAGUGUGUUUUGGCUACUUUGAGAGAGAAAAAAAAGAAGCCCUCAUCUGGCGGAGUUGGUUCUGUUGCUGUUCACACAUCCAGUUGAAAAAAAUUAGCUAUGAAAAAGAAAAUGUAAAGCUGCAUACAGGACACACUGUUCCACAUAUCAUGUACAGUUUGUGUUCAAACACAGUGUCAUUAACUUCAGAACAAGCAGGGUGAAACGGAAAACCAAUCUUUGUGAAAGAGUUUCCAUGCAACAGAUAUAUAAAAUUUGAUUUAUCGGACUGCCUAUGAAAUACUUGUUUUUACAAAAAGGAGUAAAAAAAAUGAACAAUAUGGUGUGAAGUGACAACAAAGAGUGCCUUGGAUGUUUUACCUGCAUUAGCUGACCCUCUUUUCCUGCUAUAAGCUCUGAGUUCCUGCUUAAGUGGACGUUUUUGUGCACAACUUAAGUGAGCGGGUCCUUGCAUCAAGCACCUGCACGAAGCACGCUGUGGUUUUUGACUCUUGUCUCUGUGCCCAUCUGCCCAGCUCAUAGGUAUUUUUUUUCCACGAUCACAGUUAUGUUUACUGGCAUGUUCAUGCUGAAAAGGGGCAUGGGGUUUAGGUUAGUACAACAAAUGGUUACACUGACGAGUUGUUCAAAGCCAACAUAAAGCUCUUAAUAUUCCAGAGUGUUUAUUUUCUUCAAAAUUAAAAAUUUUGCCGAUAUUCUUUCGUCAGUAGCACCGAAUCCUGUUUCUUCUGUCUGCCAAGUAGGCAGUGAAACCAGCAGUCGCUUGAAGACCAGUGCAUGGGAUUUUUCUGCUGGGCGGAGGAGGGUCAAUACUCGUUAAAGUCAAGCCUGACAAAUAGAUGGGCAAUGUUUCUUGAAUUGCUCUAGACCGGCCAAGCCAGCAAGGCCAAGUGGGUCCCAUAUGUUUUAUAAGUGGCCAGAAGUGUGGGCCCCAAUUGGGUUUGCCUGCAGUUUUCGUGAGGGUCCCACCUGUGUUUUCCCACGAUUGGCUAUGCUGCCUAGGGGCCGACAGCCAAGGUGGCAACCCUGCUAGUUCUGCAGUCCCCUGGGCACGGCACAUGUUUGCUCUGCUGUCCCUGGGCACGGUACUCGCUUGCUCUACCGGACCCGGGGUGCAGCCCUUGCUUGCUCUGUUGAGUCUGGCACUCACUUGCUCUAUUGGCCCCUGGGUGUGGCACUCGCUUGCUGUGCUGGCCCCUGGGCGCGGCACUCACUUGCUCUGCCAGACCCUGGCAGUUCGUUUAAGUUCGCUUCGCUGUCCACUGGACAACUGGCUAGCAUUGUGAGCUAGCCCACUGAGUUUCCACUUAAGCCAAUAUGGGCAAACACAGGUGGGGCCACCAUGGAAACUGUGGACAAACCCAAUUGGGCCCCACAUUUCUGCCCACUUUUAAGCCAUAUGGGGCCCACUUGGCCUUGCUUGCUGCGUGGUUUGGGUAGCU